AGAACUAACCAAAGAAAUCUGCGACGAAAUCUGCGAAAUGAGAGACGAAUAUGGCAAAGGCGGUGUGUGUUGAGAGAAAUCAAAGCGGAAGCGGUGUGUGGAAGCGGUGUGUGUUGAGAGAAAGAGAAGCGAAAGCGGUGUGUUGAGCUUUACAAAUAAAUUUAUUUACCUUUUACGAUUUAUCAAAUUUAUUAUUUUUCUAUUUUAAUUUUACAAUUUUAUUUAUUUUCUACUUCAAUUAUUAAUUUGAUAUUAUAUAUAAGGCUAUGUUUGGAUUGGCUUCUUGAAGCCCCAAACUCACGUUUUAUUCCUUUAAACUUAAAAGUGGUCUUAUUUUCUUGUUUGGGUUUUUUCUCCAAAAUCAAUUCUACUCUCCUAGAAGCAAUUCCAAUAGAAGCUACAAUUCCUAGCUUUUGAGGUUAGCAAGAAUCAAUUCUGCAUUUAUGAUAUUUUGGUUCUUACAAUUUUCCUUCAUUGCCCUCUUUAAUUUCUUUUCAACUGUUUCUUCUAUUUUCAAGCUACCAUACUCUCUACUUUCCAAUUUUCUGCUUUGUAUUAAUUCCUUCAUUACUCUCUUUGCUUUGUAUUAAUGAAUUUGGUAAACCAAAUUUGAUUAAGAUUACCAAUCAAAACGGGUCGGUUACCCAUUUACCUUCUCAAACCCUCCAAUCUGAAAAUACAUUUCACAAACGCGAUUCCAUACCAAAACGUGAUUCCAAACUCAGCUUCUCCAAACGCGAUUCUCUAUCUCAGCUUCUUCUACUCCAAACGCGAUUCUUCAACUCAGCUUCUUCUACUCCAAACGCGAUUCUUCAACUUCUUUACAAAUCUCAGCUUCUUUCUUCGCACUUUCAGGUCAGAUUCAUCGGAUUCAAAGUCGGAUCGCAAGUUCGAUAAAAAGCUUCAAUUUUAUACCAGUACCCAAAUGGAUCCCGAAACGGUUUUCGUCGAUAUCACUAGUUUUGCGAUGAAGUUAAACAAGUUUACUCAUUGGACUGUAGAUCCUAGAGUAAAAGAGGAAGUGGAAAAAACUUGUUUCAAAUAUUUUAUGAGAUUCCCCGAGGGUAAACUUAACAUGCCUAACAAAAUGAUCGCCGCUUUACUUCGCUUUUAUGAAAACGUCGAAGAACACUUUGUGUUUGGGGAUACUAAAAUUGAUCUUGGUCUUGAAGAUGUAAUGUAUAUCACAGGACUUCCAAUUGAUGGGAAACAAAUUUCAGGAAUUGAACCAAAGGAUCCUAUUGACACAAUAGUAAAUCAUUUGGCCGUAAGUCCAGUUGAAGCUAAUGAUUUGUUAUUGUAUCAUAAUGGAAAAAAGUCUCAUGAUAUAUGUUUAAAGAGUUUGGAAGAUAAAUUUAAAAAUAUUGCUGUUACUGAGGAGAAUGUAAAUUCACAUGUCAAGGCAUAUCUUUUAUUUUUAUUAGGAAAUCUUCUUUUUACCACUUCUUCUUUCGACAGUGUUUCUGCUAUUUAUUUACCCUUUCUUGAAGUACAUGAUAUUGACAGUUAUGCUUGGGGGGCAGCCGUGCUUGCUACCCUCAAGGUUUCAAUGAAUAAAGUACGACAGGGAAAUAAAACGUUGAACGGUUUUGCAUAUCUUCUGUUGGUAUUUGCAUUUGAACGAUUCAAAUGCCUUCGCAAGAUAUUUGAGUUGAAUAUACUACCGAGUCAAUUUCCUUUAAUGUUGGGGUGGGUGAAUCUAACAUUUAAGACUUUUAAGGUUAGAUCUUUAAUGCCUUCCAUGACAACUUGCUAUGAAAAGCUUCGGGAAAUGACGGAUGAAGAUGUGGAUUUGUUGCCUUAUAAGAGGGAUGGUCUAGAAGUUGAAUUGCCCGAUCAAUUCAAACGUCAAAGUUGGAUGGUAUAUGCGAAAGUAUAUACCAUCUGCUUUAAUAAUAUUGCAAAACAUCCAGUACAUAUUUGUUGGAAACAAUUGGGGUUGGAGCGGGGACAUGUGAGAAAAAGCUUUGGUAAUUUUAAAAGAAUCAACUUGCAGGAAAGAGGCCCGGAAAAAGAUAAAGAUUGGAGGAAGUUCAACCCUUUUUAUACGAAUUGCAAUACGCGGUGGACGAAAAGGAAUAUGUUCCUUAUCAAAAAGGAUGUUAUCGCGCAUGAGCCGCUAGUGAAUUAUGUGCAGGAGGAAGAUGAUGAAAUCGAAACCGAAGAACCUACACAAGAGAACACCUCCCCAAUCUCCACUUCCCCUCCUAUGUGUAAUUUGGAAUCAGCUACACCUCAAGAUCCAUCCACCUCCAGCCUCCGAGUAUCUACACCUCAAGUUGCAUCCACCUCCAGGUUCCGAGCACCUACACCUCGAGAUGAAGUUCAGGUUCAGACCCUCUUCUCCAACCCGCCUGAAGCCUUAUCCAUCGAAAAGUCUUUGGAAGUCUUAUCCUUCCAGAUAUCUCCACAGCCUACGGAUGACGAUUUUGAUAACGAUCAUUUUAAGGAACAUGAUGAAGAUGAUGAGGGUGGAAAUCAUAAUGAUGAAGGUGAUGAGGGUGGAAAUCAUAAUGAUGAUGAAGAUGAUGAGGGUGGCAAUAAUAAUAAUAAUAAUGCAAAUGUUGGGGAUGAUGAGGUUGGCAAUAAUAAUAUUGCAGAUGAUGGGGAUGAUGAGGUUGGCAAUAAUAAUAAUGCAGAUGAUGGGGAUGACAAUCAUAAUUAUGAUGAGGGUGAGCAUAAUAAUAAUGUGAAGAAUUAUAUACGUGGUGAACGUGAAGGAAUACUAAGACCAAAACCCCCAAAGCGUACAGUGUAUUCGCCGGACGAAGUAUUGCGUGUUAGAAACAGAAGAAAGCUUAGAAAGCCAAAGAACUAGUGACAACUUGGUUAAAAGUUUAUUUUCUCAUGUUUUGAAUAUUUUACUAAUUCUGUUUGUGCUUAGACUUAUGUUUGUGCUUAGACCAAUGUUUGUGUUGUUGUUUUUAUACACUUCUAAUGCAUGAUCUCCGUUGUCCUAAGUUUGUUUCGAUGAUUAGCAUUUUCUGGUGUAGGAACUUGAUACAUGUUGCUGUCUUAUUCAGCUAGGUUCGAAUAAUUAUUUUUAGCAUUUUCUGGUGCAGGAUGUUGCUGUCUUAUUCAGCUUGGUUCGAAUAAUUUUU